UGCUGCUGCUGCCGCCUCCGCUGCUGCGUCUGUGCGCGUCACGUCCCGGGCGCGGGGCUGUGCCUCCAGCAGCCGGGGCGAUGUCAUCACCUCGUAGAGCUCAGGUCCAAGAAGCCGUUUGAAUUCCCAAAGAGCUACUCGGAGCUAAUCGCCGACUGGCCGAUCGUGGUGCUGGCCAUGUGCACGCUUCUCAUCGUGGUGUGCGCCCUCGUCGGAGUUCUGGUUCCUGAGCUGCCCGACUUCUCUGACCCGCUGCUGGGCUUUGAGCCGCGCGGCACGGAGAUCAGCCAGCGCCUGGUCACGUGGAACAACAUGCUGAAGAACACGGGCUACAUGGCGACGCUCGCCAACUACCCCUUCAAGUACGCCGAGCAGGUGUCCAGGAGCCAGGGUCAGCUGGACAAACCCUGGAACGACGAUUACGGGCGCGACCGGAGGGCGGCCGAGUGGGACUUCCACACCGACGCCUUCUUCUGCGACCCGCCCGGGGACGGCUACUCGCGCGUUGUCUUUGCCGCAGCGGAUGGGGGAAGCCUGUGGAACAUCACCACCAUCCGCUCCAUGUGCAGCCUCUACGACGCGCGGGUGAGCUCCCACCGCACAUUCCCGGAGCUGUGCCAGCGCACCACCACCGCCGUGUGCUGCCCGAGCUGGUCCCUCGGCAACUACGUGGCGCUGCUGGGCAACCGCUCGUCGUGCCGCGAAGUGACAGAGCGUGACCUGGCGCACGCCCUGCGCCUGCUGCAGGCCUGCGCGCCGCUCUACCGCAACGGCAGCCUGGGCCCCGACUGUUGGGACGCCGGCGCCGGGCGCCGCGACCGCGCCAAGUGCCAGGCCGUGCCGCGCCGCUGCGCACGCCACAACGCCGUCUACCAGAUCCUGCACUACCUGGUGGACAAGGACUUCCUGGCGACGGGCGGCGGGGAGGGCGCGGCGCGCCUGCGCUACAGCAUGCUGUUCGUGCCCACGGAGAAGGGCGACGGCAUGAUGCGUCUGUACCGCGACAACCUCGAGCGCUGGAACCGCACCGACGGCGUCACCAGCGUGGUGGGCAUCGAGUUCGGCAUCAAGCACUCGCUCUUCCAGGACUACCUGCUCACGGACACGGUGUACCCGGCAGUGGCCAUGGUCAUCGUUCUGCUGCUCAUGUGCGUGUACACGGGCUCGGUGUUCGUCACGCUCAUGACCAUGUUCGCUAUCGUGAGCUCGCUCAUCGUGGCGUACUUCGUGUACCGCGUCGUGCUGCGCUUCGAGUUCUUCCCCUUCAUGAACCUCACGGCGCUCGUGGUGUUGGUGGGCGUCGGCGCCGACGACGCCUUCGUGCUGUGCGACGUGUGGCGCCACGCCAAGGCUGACCGCCGUGCCGCCAAGGGCCCCGGCGCCGGCGACGCGGGGCUGACGGAGACGGUCCGUGCCACCCUGCGCCACGCGGCGCUCUCCAUGUUCGUGACGAGCUUCACCACGGCGGCCGCGUUCUACGCCAACUACGUGAGCAGCAUCACGGCCGUGCGCUGCUUUGGCGUCUACGCCGGCACCGCCGUCCUCGCCAACUACGGCCUCAUGGUGAGCUGGCUCCCGGCCGUCGUGGUGCUGCACGAGCGCUACCUGGCCGACGCGUUCCGCCCGCGCGGGGGCUGCCCCGGCGGCGCGGGGGAGGGGCCGUCCCUGCCGCGCCGCCUCUGGGCGCCGGUGGAGCGCUCGCGGCGCGCGGCGUCGGCGGCGUCGCGCGCGUUCUUCGAGCGGCUCCUGCCGCGCAUCGUCGUGCGCCUGCGGCACGCGUGGCUCUGCGGCUUCGUGGCGCUGGCGGCCGGCGGCGCCUACGCGGUGUUCGCGUGGCCCGGCAUGCGGCUGCCGUCUCUGGAGCUGGCCGAGUUCCGCGUAUUUGCACCGUCGCACCCGUUCGAGCGCUACGACGCCGAGCACCGCGCGCUCUUCGCGUUCGAGCGCGCCGGCCGGCCCGGCUCGGGCGGCGGGGACGACCUGGCGCUGCCCGUAACGCUCAUCUGGGGCGUCGUGCCCGAGGACAACGGGGACCCCCUCAACCCGGCCGACCGCGGGAAGCUGGUGCUGGACCCCGGCUUUGAUGUGGCGAGCGCCGAGUCGCAGCUCUGGCUCCUCGACUUCUGCCGGCGCCUGCGCAACCACAGCCUCUACCUGCACCGCGAGCGCGAGGCCGACUUCUCCGGGUGCUUCAUUGAGACCUUCAAGCAGUGGAUGGAGUCGGAGGACUGCGACGACGCCGUCGACGACCAGCACCGUCACCGGCAGCAGCAGCGGCGGCGAGAUGGCGGCGGCGGCGGAGCCGCGGCGUCGCGGGGCGGCGGGGACGCGGGGGGGCGUGGCGGGCCCCUCGGCCUGAGCCUGGGUGGCGUGGGCCUCGCCCCGUGCUGCUCGUCGUCCGCGUUCCCCUACGAGCGCGACGUCUUCGAGUUCUGCAUCAAGCGCGCCGUCCUGGAGCUGGAGCGGCGCUUCCGCGUCACCCUGGACGGGCGCACGCCGGGACCACGCUUCGACGCCAACGACUCCCUGCGUGCCGUGCUGGUGGAGUUUCCGAGCUCGUACCGCUUCACGCUGGCGCACGAGCGCAUGGCGCGCUUCCGUCACGAGGUGGACGCGUGGCUGCACGCCGAGCUGCUGACGGCGCCGCCGGGCCUGCGCCGCGGCUGGUUCGUGAGCUCGCUCGAGUUCUACGACCUGCAGGCCAGCCUGUGGGCCGGCUCCCUGCUGUCGCUGGGCCUCGCCGUGGGCCUGGCGUUCGGCGUCAUGCUGUUGACGACGCGCAGCCUCGCCGUGAGCGUUUACGCCCUGCUCGCCAUCGCCGGCUCCAUCGCCGUCACCACCGGCUCGCUGGCACUGCUCGGCUGGGAGCUCAACGUCCUGGAGAGCGUCACCGUGUCGGUGGCCGUGGGCCUGGCCGUCGACUUCGCGGUGCACUACGGCGUGGCGUACCGCCUGGCCCCGGGGCCCGGGCGGCGGGCGCGCGUCAGCUUCUCGCUCGGCCGCAUGGGCCCCGCCGUGGCCAUGGCGGCGCUUACCACCUUCCUGGCCGGCGCCAUGAUGAUGCCGUCAACGGUGCUCGCAUACACGCAGCUCGGUACCUUCCUCAUGCUCGUCAUGGCCGUCAGCUGGGCCUACGCCACCUUCUUCUUCCAGAGCCUCUGCUGCUGCCUCGGGCCCCGCGGGGAGAAUCCCACGGCGCCCGACUUGUGCUGUGGCGUGGCGCGGCCGUGCGUGGGCACCCCAGGCCAGAAGAAGACGACCACGGAGGAGGAGGAGGAGGAGGAGUCCAAGACGACGCUCGGCAAGCGGGUUCACUACGGCAACGGUGGGCCACGCACGGGCGCCGAGGAGUACCAGCUGCAGGCGCUGACGAGCGAGCACGGCGCUGACGAGAACGUGUGCGACGCCUCCGCUCCCGAGCGUCUCAACCGCGACCUCGACGCGGCGUCCGUCACCGAUGAGGACGGCGUCGAAGAGGACGGCAUCGGAGAAGACCCCGCCGCUGCCUCCUCCGUAGCCUCCUCCUCGUCACCAACGAUACCCGAGGAGGAGAACGGGGCGGCAGCCACCGGCCCCCACGACGCCGAGGCCUCUCCCCUCCGCGUCGGGCCAAAGCGGCGGCUCCCGCGGAGCGGCCGGCUCAAUGGCGGGGUGGAUUUCAUCGCGCGCGCGGAGCGCACGGUGCCGGUGGAGAGCCUGCUGGAGGCCCUGGAGGGCAUGGGCUCCGUGGCCGAGAGGGGGAGCCUCAACGGAAUGCGGCCGGCGCUGCGUCUGGCGCUGAGGGGCAGCGCGGGAACGCGGGAUGGCGCCGGCGCAUGCCAGGCGACACGGUCCCUGGACCCCAUCGUGCUGCCCAACAGCGAGCCCGGCGUGCCGGACGUGUGGCUCAAGCGCGCGGAUGCCUCGCCCGACAGCUGCUCCGUGUGACCUCGCACCGCCGCCACACCGGCAAAAACAAAUCUCCCCAAAUUGUUGUUUUUUUGUAUGAUUCAAAUUCGUAAAAACUCACGUGAAGCCCAGCUCGUACAAGGAACUGGCAAAACUCUUUAAUUUUUGUGGGACCUUUUGGUUACAUUCCUACAGACGUUCAUUUUUAUAUAUAAAUAUAUAUUACUUUAAUGUUGGUUUAUUUUUUAAAAAAAUAUUUAUUUCUGCACAAUUGUUCAGCCUCUUCCCUGCGUUUAAUUUAUUUUCCUGACCAAUACGCAAUGAAGUAAGAUUUAACGAGUUAAUGAAUAAAUAAAAGUUGAGAACAUGAAGAUGAUUAGGAAAUGCUGCUUUCCAUAACCCACUUACCAAUCUGUUACGUUUAUACAACGCAAAUUAUUUAAAACGAGACGCGUUUCUUCCAGAUGAAUGUUGUGCGCUCACCCCAUCUGUCACGUUCUACGGAAUGACAUUCCAGUCGAAUUAUUGCCUGUCUGUUUUUCCUGCAUAACAACCAAGGUGCUUACGGGUCGGCCUCUUAGCGAGCCCACCCAUUAACUCCAGUACACCUGGACCUAUUUGUAAUCCAGGUUUGAAGGACCAAUCCAAAUACCACACUUUGUACUCACGGAAUAAAAAACGAAAUACAAGAUGAAACGAAGAUACCUGUAACACACGAUGCCGACGCUGUUGUCUCGUGCUAUGAGGAUCAUGCUGUGUCGUGCGCGCUGUGAGAUGAUGCCCUCUUCAGGUUAUUUAUUAAUGACGGGACUGUGUUGGCUGCGAGCGUGGGCGAUGAUUGGGGAAGAGCAGCGGUGUUGUCCUCUCCUCGAUGCCUGCAUACAAAUCGUUCCGUUGUUGUGGCAGGUGACCUCAUUCUCUGCUGCAGACUUGUGUCUUGUUAGUUGUGUCGUGCGAUUCUCCGUUUGGAAUCACAGUUGGUGCCUGUGCAGGAGGAUGGCAACAUCUUUGUUUUGCUGCUCACCAAUUACGGGCUCCGAUUUAUAAACACUUUCUAAAAAUGCAACUUUUAAAAUAUCGAUUUUUUUUUUUACAUUGAGCGCUGCUCCCGGUUCCGUUUGUGGCAGGGAAUCUUGGUGCCCUGCCGCAAACGUAUGAUUUGUACGCACGCGUUUCCAAGCCCUUCACAACAAUGGUUUCAGCUCCAGGACUUCCAGACCAAAUGUAGUCCGUCCAUCAAUGUCGGCUUAAAUUCGCCCAUGUUGACAAGUAAAUUACACUGCUGAUCAGCAGACCGGGUUGAACUAAGGCACUCGUAACACAUUUCAAAUGCAUGAAGUGCAAUUGUCAAUAAAUAACCUGCAUCAAGUCUCCAGAAUUAUUCCUCAAUCUCGACGUGCUGUAUCGCCACCGAUAAACAGCACUGCGUUGCGUUGGAAUGGCCCCAAAAACGACGGCUGUAGUGGCACGAGACAAGAAACGUAGUUUCGGAGGCAGAACGCGUAGUCUCGCUGUGUCGGCAGCCGUGGGGUUCCUCUGAAUAUCGGCCAAUGCUUGCAAGGCGUACAGCUUGUGGAGACGGUGAUGUCUCCUUUGUUCGUGUCAGUAUCAUCCGUCCAAGGUGUAGCGAUUUGUGGAACAAAAUGUUGUUUCCCAGUGGUGUUUAUUUAACGAGAAAACUCAUGCGUGUGCCGCAGAAGGGGGCAAGAGGCGUCCAGUGUUGGACCCAAGCAUUUCUUGGCGGUGCACGAGGCCAAAUUAUUACGUCCACUCUGCCACUGAAGCAAAGUAUAGUGACAAUAAAAAUGCCGGUAAAUAAUCGGUCUUUUAUUCGCUGCGAUAUUCGCGUUGCCCGGUCAGAUUUUCCUUCUCAAAUUCAGGUGGCAUUGGUUACCUGGCUCGAGCACCUGCCUGGCACGAGACGUGGGCAGUGGCGAAAGCACCCAGUGGACAGCACCAUCUCUCAAAGCACGUGUUCUUGCAUGCAGGUGAUUGGUGCCACUCGAUCGAUGAUUUUCUGAGCAGCCUCAAGGGCACGCUGUGACCAGGGCACUCGGUUUGACCCCCCCCCUCCCCCGGGGCUGUGCGUGCGCGAGCGUUCGAGGCCAGCGUGCCACCCACUUCAUUCCGCGAUGCCGAGUGUAGCUGGUCUAUCUGUCUGUAGUACACAUCCGUGCAAUAGUGUGUGAAUAAAGAACAUAAAUAUAUUGAAUAAUUAAAUUAAGCCAGUAUUAUAUGUGAACGUUUGUGAAAAUUCUGAUUGUGAACUAGUUUUUUUCUUGUAAAAGUGCUACAUGUCUAAAUGUGUGUUUUUUAUUUAUAUACAUGAAAAGCUGACAAAUACAUGCAGUUCUGAUUCCAGGUUUGUCUGUAGUAGUUUUUUGUUGGGAUGCGCACACCACUGAUGUCAUCACAGCCGUCACCACCGCCAUCUCCGUCAAGGUAUGAUGCUUCAGUUUCCAUAUCAUCGCCUGCCUUGUGCCCCAUGACUGACCCAGGCCCAUCACUUGCUUUAAACACGUCUUUUUGGUUGAGACAUGGUACAUAUAACCAACCGGUGUUACAUACAGGUCAUGUACAACAAGUUCACUAGACAAGAGAUGGCGGCAUCUGGAAAUAGCAGCAGAGUGAGUGUGGGACAGCCACCGAAGGUCGACCGAGAUCAAACCGGCGAAGUAAAGAGGGCGAUAGCAGGUUGGAGCAGUUAGGGAAGACGGAAGGAUGCUGCGUCACAAUGAGGUUGAAAUUGGUUGUCUUGUCUGCUGCUGUCGGUCGGUCGCAUUUACUCAAAUCUAUGUUGAUGGUGACCAAAGGGGACUGACAAUGCACUGCAUGAAAUGCUGAUGGUUUUUGAGUCGUGCGCAAAAACCGUGUGCUUGUCACGCAUGUGUGUUGUUUAGACUCAAGCAGCGCGCGAGCUGCACCUGGACAGAGGUCGCACACCUUGCGAGGCUACUUUGUAGCCAGAACAGCAAAAACAAUCUCAGCUGCAUUUGACUCACGAUGCAGAAAAGAAACACGGUCGGCAAGAAAAUGCUGUGUGAUCCCAAAGUACCACGGCCUGGUCGCCUCCCAGUUUGAACAAUAUUUGUGGCAUCAAAUACCCAUCCCGUAUGUUUAACAGUGUAAAUGUCUUUUAAAUGAUUUAAAAGAUCCCACUUUGUUCCUGUGGCGUGGCGACAAGCACCACAUGGUGAGCAGUAACCAAUAACCAUGUGCAUGUGGGUUUAAUACAAGGGAUGCAAGUUCAGUUCGAGCUGUCUAGUACUUUAUUCUGUAUAUUAUGAGAAGAGCGUGCAGGUUGAAAACAAAUAGGACGGCAAACAAGGCUGGGUGUGCAUUCCACAUGCAGCGCGGUGACUUCACAGCACGUGCACAGCCUGGAUGGGAGGACCCAUUGGAUGGUCACAACUGUAAUUUUGACAUUUAAUAAUAACAUCUUGUGUGUAGUAGUAGAAGUCAUAGUAGUAGUGUUACACUUCAAUUCUGGUACCUACGAAUGUGAAGACACCUUGCAGGCACGUAUGAGGCAAUAGAAGCAGGCAUCGUACACAAUCAUGAUAACUUUUGUUUUUAAAUGAGCACAUUCAGGUCCCUGUACACGGUCAGCGAGUGCGGAGCAACGAUUGCUUCUUGACGGUUAUGAUUGAGUGGUGGGAAUUCCACAUUACGAGAGCAGAGGCCUGUCCAUCCAGAAGGUAAUUGUUUACUUCACCCAUCUCUGAAAGAUGAUGGGCUCUGCAUCCCAAUAUGCAUUGAGUCUCCCCCACACAGCCAGGUGCUCGGCACGGAGAGGCCCAUCCCACGACUGGACAACAUAGUCAUGGUUCAAUCUCACAGUCCAUUAUCUUGUUUGUUGGUCCUCUUUGCUGCUUUGUAUCGUGUAUAUUUGAAUUUCAAUGCAAUCUACAUAAAUCAAACUGAUUCUGAUAUACACGACUCGGGGCACAUGUAGAGCUCGUAAGAACGCAUUGUAACGAACAGAUAAAUCAUUAAGUGCCCACCAGAUAUCCAGCCAGCUAUUUGGUAACAUGUGUGACACUUUCAUUUUGAUUCACGACCUCACCCGAGCUACAUUAACAAAUGCUACACUUCCAGAACAUGAGGACACCUUGACGUAGCUGCGACCUAAAAUAUUUGUUUAGCAAACAAAGAAAAAGUUCUCGCCACAAUCCAGGAUCAUGAAACUGGAGUUACCCACGUCAGGGCCGCCCAUCACUCCAGCUCUGAAAUAAAAGAAGUUGUUUAAAUCUUUUUAGCACAAACCAUGUGGCCAGACCGGACUGCAUGGGACAAAGGAAUGGGACCAGUGUCACCUUUCAUCGCCUCCGGUUGAAAAAUGGCAUGUUUUCGCACAAAGAACGCCAAGUUUCACCGCAGUGACGGAAGGGGUGUUUGCGGUUGCCAUCGUGCCUGGUGGCAGUGAACGCGGCUCGCGACGUGACCACGACGAGUGUGGGGUCGCAAAUCCCGGGCGGCACUGCGCACGGUCGCGCAACGCUCACUCGUGUAGAGAGUGACACAGACCGUGGAUCCACCCCCGUCGGAGUGCACAUCGCCAAUUAUGGCGAUCGAACACAAAAUGAUGUUGAGAAUGGUCGACUCAGAUGCUGUUCAUGCAAACCGAAUUCCGAAUUGAUGCAUUUAAAGAAAUUGUUUUCGUUUUACUGUGAGAAUCGUAAACCCUGCACAGGGG